AUGGCCGAUGAGAAACUCAAGGAAGGAGUCAAGACUGAGAACAAUGAUCAUAUUAAUUUGAAGGUUGAAGGGCAGGAUGGUUCAGUGAUACAGUUGAAGGUUAAGAGGCAUACACCACUUAGUAAACUAAUAAAAGCCUAUAGAACUGCACAGUUGGAAAUGGAAGAUGAAGAUACAACUGAUAUGUUCCAGCAGCAGGCAGGAGGUGUCUACUAA